AUGCUUCAUGUGAAUAACUUAUAUAAAAUUAAAUUAAAAGUUAAAUAUACAGAAUAAAUACAAUUAAUAAAUGAUAUUAAACUGAAUACAGAAUAAGAUUAGAAUCCAUAUAUGAGAAAUCGACCUCCAAAAAAGAUCAAGAGUAGAGAAUUAAAUUAAGCAAAUAAAUAUGAAAAUGUAAAAAGCAUUUUAAAACAUAGUCUUAUAUUUAGUCAUUUAUAAAUAAAUAUGAAUAAUAAUUAAUUAAUAAAGAUUUAGGAAAAUAAUAUAAAAAGACAUUUGGAUUGAA